GAAAAUACGUUUACACUGUGAGUUUUAUCAGGAACGAUUUUAGACUACUGAUAUAUUCAUUUGAGUAAUCUUUCUUCCACAGUAACAAAUAGUAUUCACUGCGACUGUCGCAACGUGUGUUCAGCGUUAAGAGGAAGAUGCGAUAUCAGCUGAUAUCAUUACUCAUCUUGCUGGGUUUGGUUAGGAUGGUGAUAAACCGCCCCAACAUUGAUGAAACAAAGGAUAAAGUAGGAAACAAUUUUAAGCAAAAAGAAGAGGACUUCCAAGCGGCGCUAACGCGAGAAAAGAGAUCUAGAGGACAGAGAAGAAAUCGAAGGGAUGAUAACGCUUCUGCAUUUGCGUCUGAAACACCAUUUGAAGGCGAAGCUAUUGAGAAAGUUAUAGAGCGAAGAGAAAUCCGCCAGAACAAAAAAGAACGCAGGGACCUCCGAAAGUGUAAAAAUACUAAAAGAAAAAUAAAAGGUAGAAGAAUCAGAAAACAAAGGAAGAAUUUGGAUAGUGGUAUUGAGUGCACAGAGACGUUUGAGACUAUAACAUCUACUACAAAAGGACCAACCACCACCACAAGACCAACCAGCACUACAUCGACUACAACUAUAUCAACUCCCAACCCACCGACUACCACAACACCGAC